AUGGAUGUCCUAAACAAAAUCAGUAAAGUGAGAGUUAUACCACACACUGGCUUAAAAAGCCUGGUUUUGGGUGUUACCCAAAUCCGAAACAAAACAAGGCCAGUGAAUUCAGCAUAUAAAAUUCACGGUCCCAGUCCGACGUCCAGCAGUGUACCGAUCUUCGUGCUUCAUGACUGUCUCGGGUCCAAAAAGAAUUGGGAGAGCAUAUGUCAGAAGAUGGCCGGUAACACGAACAUGACGGUCGUCGCUGUGGAUGCUCGUAACCAUGGCGACAGUCCCUAUGACCUCUCACAUGGCUACUAUGACCUAGCUGAAGAUAUGUCCAUCCUAAUAAAGAAGUUCGCUGUCGACAAAUGUAUUUUUGUUGGCCACAGCAUGGGAGGCAGGACGGCCAUGCUGUAUGCUUUGAAUGAGCCAUCUAAGGUAGCAAGUUUGAUCGUAGUAGAUGCCUCGCCGGUAUCCAUGCCAAACGGCUUAGCAGACUUCUACCCAAAGACCAUCGAUGUUUUGUCCAAAAUCGAAUUUAAAGACAUCGAUUUAAACAAAGCUAAACUAGCUGCUAGAAACAAAAUCCUUGAAUCUGGAUUGUUCCAAAAUGAGUUGGAUCUGCAACUUAUUCUUAUGAAUAUAAGUCAAUUGAAAGAUGCAAAAUUAGGAUUUAAAUACAAUCUUGAAGCUUUGAAGAAUAAUAUAUCUAAAAUCGUGUCAUUCCCAACGGUGCCUGACAAACAAUAUUUUGGACCUACGCUAUUCCUGGGCGGCCAGCUGUCAUACGCACUCCCACCGGACGACAUGGCUGGGAUCCACCAGUUAUUUCCGAAUGCUCAUCUGUUCUACAUCCAGGGCGCUGGACAUAAUGUGCACGCGCAUAACCCCAACGCAUUCUAUGACACAGUCAUGCAAUUCUUGUACUACAACGCAUUGAUGCAAACUGCCUAGCAUGUGCCACGUCUGAAAAGUUUCACUGUUCCCGUAAAGAAUUGUCCAAGUAUUUACAUAUUUAAGAAAAAUAUAAUUUAACGACGUUGUAAGUACAAUGAAUC